GAAAAUGAACAACUAAAGACAAUGGGCGCUAAUGAUAUGGAUCAUUGGAUAGAGUUAAUCUUUAGUAUUGCAACGGCCAUGAUUCCGUGUACAGAUGCUACCGUACGAAGCAAAUUAGCACAUGAUCUAUUGCCAAAUUUACUCCGUUGGAAGCAACAUAACAAAGAUUUCGGAAAGCAAAUCUAUUGGUGUGAGGCAAGUACUAUGGCAUGAAGUGUUUCUUACUGAUCAUCCGGGCUUAUGCAUAUUCUAGAUGUUAUGGCAACGUACGCUUCAAAUGUAUGGCCUUCCUGCUACCAAUCUCUUGAGAUUAGAAAUAUAUGGGCUCAUCGCUCGAUUCUUUGAUUUUUAUUUUGGAUUGGAUGAAGGAAAGCAGACACCGGAUAUUCGUACGGACCUUCGCUUUGAAGAAAGCUUCUUUAUGAUCUUACAAAGUGGAUUACGAAGCAAUGAUUCAUUAGCUCGAAAGUACUCUGCUUAUAUUCUUAAGCGAAUUAUUGACUUUACCGAAAAAUAUCCCUCCACCAUUGCUACCAAGACUGAAAACGAUUGGACUCGAUUCUUCAGAUGGAAUGUGGAUAAAACCAAGCAGUACUCGGAUUGUUGGGAGGACUGGUUUCUGCUGUAUGACAUUAUGCAUGAAAGCGUCAUCCAUCUCGUCGAUCCUGUGCUACAUCGGUUUGAAAGUCUAUUAAAUGCAGAUAACGGAAUGGAUCCAUCUUGGUGGACACUCAUUUUCUAUCGUGGAUUCCAGAAUGAGACAGCCUCUGUUAAAAGAGGUUUACUAGAAUACAUCUUUUCCAGAGAAAACUCUCAGACAUUGCAUAAAAUGGGCGUAGAACAAGGCUUCAUGUUUGGUGCACUAUUCAAAACGGUUGACAACACUUCUCUAUUUCAAGUACCUACACAAGGGGCCCUCGUUAGUCCUUUUGGAGAGCAUCUCAGAGCAUUCAUCUACCGUCUUGUACAGGCCUUGCAGACAGAACAUAAGGUCAAUUUCUUGCGACAACUUAUUCACCAUUUUUCUCAUGUCGUAAGCAGCCCGGCACCUAUCCUCUAUGCUAUGGAAGCUUUGGCUGAAGUGGAUCGUGUCAGUGCAUGGGGUCCAGAAGAAUUAAAGUCAUUAAGGGUUUUGGUCGAUCGUCACAGAAACUUCAACAUUCCAACUACUAAAAAGUUCUUGCGUAAAUUGGGUGUUGCUGCUACCGUCAGACUUGCUCAUACAGCAACGUUAUCAUUCUCUGAUAUCGCAAAGACUGUCUCUUCGCUUGUAAACGAGUAUCCUAUAAAGGCCUCAUCACAAGAAUUCAGAAUGAUUCGAUACUGGCUUGAAAAUGAUGUAUCUGCAAAUAAGUCAUUAGACAGUAUUCGACAAGGAUUAAAAGAUCGUAUAGAGACAUAUGUAUGCGAAUUGAAAUCUGAAGAUAUUCCAGAAACUGUCUUACGCUCACAAGCUAAUGUACUUGCACGUGCCUCAGUCUUUGCCGUCUCUACUAAUGAAGGUCAUGUUGACAAGGAAAAGUUACUAGAUCUUCUCAAUGCAUUCUUGAUACAUCUGACAGAUUCAUCCAUCUCCGAUGUUAUGUUCUCUAGAUUACUGACUCUGUUGGAGUCAUUGUGGGAGAACUUUGAGGCCACCUUUGAUAACCAGCUCAAUUUUACAAAGGCUGUGCACCUUGAUGAUGAUGCACUUUUGUAUAUAUUAGCAAGAAUCGAAGGAAAAUAUCUUAAUAAGGAAGAAUCAAAUGUUGUUGAUGGGGAUGUAGUCGAUCUUUAUCUUUCAUUGACCAAAAGGAUACUUGGAAAAGAAAGUGCUCUCGAAUUAGAAAAUAAAACGGAAGCUAUUCAGACUUAUUAUGAAAAAUGCAUUGAUUUAUUAAAACAUCGUAGUUCAGCUGUAGACCCAAAUAAGGAACUAUCAAAGCCAUUCCAUAUUCAGUUACUAAGAAUACUCUAUCAAGCUGCCACAGAUCUAUCUUACUACAGUCUGGAUUAUGAUGAUCAGGCACUUUCUUUGGUACAUGGUCUACCGAUGAAGCGUACUCAAGAAGCUAUUCAACAAAGAUCAUGGGGAGACGUGAUUGCAUCAUUUAUUCGAUAUAAAUGGGAGUGCGUCGAGAGCAUCAUUUUGUAUGCUAAUGCUGCCCGAAAGAGCAAUGUUACAAAGGAAUGCUUUGAUCCUGUCGAACUAUACGAGGUAGCCAUCGAUCAACUGGAAAGUGCUUCAGAAAUGUGUGGUGAGGCAAUUAUCAGCAGCUUUGGCCCACUCUUUGCCUUUCCAUGGGAAAAGAACUCUGAGCUUGUUAGCCGUUGUGUUGAUCUUGCAAUUGAACUGAUGAAAGAAAACAUCAACCAAUCCAAGACGUUUCCUUUGCUUAUCAAAGCAUUUAUCAAUGUCAUAUUUCAACCCGAGCUUUUGAGUGUGCCCGAGUUAAAUGAAGAAAAUGGUCCUAUAAAAAAGGCUCUUCAUAUGGUACUUGACACUGGCGACCUUAAGCCAUUUAUUGUUGCUCAAGCAUCCAAGCACCUACACAGUUACUGGUCUACAUUUACAGAAGAUGCCUGUAGAUCCAUGCAGCAGUAUGCACCUGAAUUUUCUAAACUCGCUGUCUUUGGCCCAUUGCGAGACCGUGAAGAUCAAAAGUUAGAGGCUGCCAUCUCUUUAAAAAUUGCUACAUCAGAAGAACUUGAAGAGGCUGAAGGAACGGCAGCAAGUGUGUUCAAUCAAAAUGAUUACCUUGUACGAGUUUACAUGAAUGAUAUCUUAUUAAGAUUGGAUACAAAUAAUGAAAGGCACAGAGAGUUUGCAAAUACUCUCCUGACUUCAUUUUUCCAUAUCCUGGAAAAUGAUGCAUUAUAUGAGUACAUGUACACAAAUACGGUUGAGCAUCGCUUGAAGUUAAGAGUAUGCUGUUCCACUAUUCUCAUCAUCGACCUGGUAUCUGAAGACAAGGUAGACGCAUGUUUGGAAAUUCUGUUUGAAAUUACAAGAAAAGAAACUGUUACUUCUGUCCGAUGUUAUUUGGAGUGGUCUAUCAUUCGCCUUCUUUGUAGAUUCCCUGAUCGCCUACCUCUUUAUUACCAAAAACUAUCCGAUACAUCACAUAAGCCCAACUACGUGAUCUCACUGCUUACUCUUUCAUUUACACUUGGCCAAUGUUUACCAGAGACAUGCAUAGAAGGAUACUUUGAUGAAAUCUUUAUUCGUCUGCUUCCAUGGCUAAUCACCAAUCACUUCACGAUACGUCUUUUUGCUUAUUGCGGCUGGCAACACAACUGGAAGGCCUGUAUCAAGCGUGGUCAUGGCGCCAUGCUCGAAAACAACAGAUACCUUGACUCGAUUGGCAACUUUAUGGAGACAUAUGUUGACUGCAUUAAGUUCUUUGAUAAAAUUCAAGCACAGUUUUAUAUGGCAAGAUUUGAUCCUAUCCAGGAUUUUAAUGUCGAAUUCAUCUUUCGUCAAAUGAUGACCGAGUUUCAAGUUAUUGAUAAUGAAAAGAUAGGAUCGAAAGCGUUCGUAAGAGUUAAUCCUCAGAGAGUAAAGAGAUGUCCAUUUGAAAAUCCUGAACGAGGAUCAGUUUAUACAGCAGCAGAUCCUUCAGAGCUUAUUGGCACAGAGCAACCCGAUGCUAUGGCAACGAUAGAUACGCUUUCCAAUCAAAGUUCUGAAGAUGUGUAUCAGAAAAAGAUCAUGCCUUGGGAAAUGAUGCUGGAAACAGAUAUGGAUCUCACAAAGAAUCUCGUCAAGAAGAACAGACGUCGUAAUGACUUGAUUGUCGUUGCUAGUUUGAUUGAUCGAUUGCCUAAUCUCGCUGGUCUCUGUCGUACCUGUGAAAUCUUUAAUGCUUCAUUACUCGUUGUGCCAACCCUAAAGAUCAAGGAAGACAUUGGCUUCACUAGUGUGAGUGUUGCUUCUGAGAGGUGGAUGCCCAUGACUGAAGUUCCAGAAAGUGAAGUAGCUAAAUUCCUAAAGGAGAAGAGAGAAGAAGGCUAUACAAUUUGUGGUUUAGAGCAAACAACAACAAGUGCAACCUUGGGAGAAUAUAUGUUUCCAGAAAAAUGCGUUUUGCUCUUGGGUAAAGAAAAACAAGGUGUUCCUGCUGAUCUUUUACAGAUGCUUGAUAUUACUAUCGAGAUUCCUCAGUAUGGCAUUACUCGCUCUUUGAAUGUCCAUGUAAGCGGUGCUAUCUGUAUUUAUGAAUAUACGAAACAAAUGCAAUGGAGACAACAAGCAGCCAUCAAUCAAUCAUAGGAUGCUUAGCAUACUUUUAUACAU